AUGGGACUACCUGCUUUGGAAUUUAGUGACUGCUGCUUGGACAGCCCCCAGUUCCGAGAGAGGCUGAAAUCUCAUGAAGCUGAGCUGGACAAGACCAACAAAUUCAUCAAGGAACUGAUCAAAGAUGGGAAGUCGCUCAUUGCAGCACUCAAGAAUCUGUCUUCAGCAAAGCGGAAAUUUGCAGAUUCCCUAAAUGAGUUUAAAUUCCGAUGUAUAGGAGAUGCAGAAACAGAUGAUGAAAUAUGCAUAGCAAAAUCCCUGCAAGAAUUUGCCACUGUUCUCCGGAAUCUCGAAGAUGAGCGAAUGCGCAUGAUUGAGAAUGCUGGUGAGGUCCUGAUCACUCCACUGGAGAAAUUCCGCAAGGAACAAAUUGGUGCUGCUAAGGAUGCCAAGAAGAAGUACGACAAGGAGACGGAGAAGUAUUGUGGUGUCUUGGAAAAGCACUUAAACUUGUCUUCUAAGAAGAAAGAAUCCCAACUUCAAGAGGCAGACAGCCAGGUGGACCUGGUUCGACAGCAUUUUUAUGAAGUCUCCCUUGAGUAUGUCUUCAAGGUGCAAGAAGUCCAGGAGAGGAAGAUGUUUGAAUUUGUGGAACCUCUGCUGGCGUUCCUGCAAGGGCUCUUCACAUUCUACCAUCAUGGCUAUGAACUCGCAAAGGACUUCAGCGACUUCAAGACAGAGCUGACAAUCAGCAUACAGAAUACAAGAAAUCGUUUUGAAGGAACCCGGUCGGAGGUUGAGUCCUUGAUGAGGAAGAUGAAGGAGAAUCCCGACGAGCACAGGAACAUGAGCCCUUUCACAAUGGAGGGCUAUCUCUACGUCCAGGAGAAACGUCACUUUGGAACCUCCUGGGUGAAGCAUUACUGCACGUAUCAGAGGGAAUCUAAACGAAUCACUAUGGUAUCAUUUGACCAGAAAUCUGGAGGAAAAGGGGGAGAAGAUGAAGCAGUCACACUCAAAUCCUGCAUACGCCGGAAAACUGACUCGAUAGAGAAGAGGUUUUGCUUCGAUGUGGAAGCAGUGGAUCGGCCUGGUGUGAUCACCAUGCAAGCACUUUCUGAAGAGGACCGAAAGCUUUGGAUGGAGGCUAUGGAUGGCCGGGAACCGGUCUACAACUCGAACAAAGACAAUCAAAGUGAAGGCACUGCCCAGUUGGAUAAUAUCGGAUUCAGCAUUAUCAGGAAAUGCAUAAAUGCUGUCGAAACAAGAGGGAUCAAUGAGCAAGGGCUCUACCGAAUUGUUGGAGUAAACUCCAGAGUUCAAAAGCUAUUGAGUAUCUUAAUGGAUCCCAAAACAGCCUCUGAAACAGAAACGGACAUCUGUGCUGAGUGGGAGAUAAAGACUAUCACCAGUGCACUGAAAACUUACUUGAGAAUGCUCCCUGGACCACUCAUGAUGUACCAGUUUCAAAGAAGCUUCAUCAAAGCAGCAAAGCUGGAGAAUCAAGAGUCCAGAAUCUCAGAGAUCCACAACCUUGUUCAUCGGCUCCCAGAAAAAAACAGACAGAUGCUGCAGAUGCUCACGAACCACUUGGCAAACGUUGCUAAUAAUCACAAACAGAAUCUAAUGACUGUUGCUAAUCUGGGUGUGGUAUUUGGACCAACGCUGCUUCGACCACAAGAAGAAACUGUUGCAGCGAUUAUGGACAUCAAGUUUCAGAAUAUUGUGGUUGAGAUUUUAAUAGAAAACCAUGAAAAGAUAUUUAACACUGUACCGGAGACGCUACCACCAAACUCGCAGCUGCUGCUAAUAUCUCAUAAGAAGAAUACUGAUUCAAAGCCUCCUUCCUGCAGUGAGAGACCAUUAACACUCUUCCACACGGCACAGGCCAAUGAAAACCAGGAGACAAGGAACAGUAUCAUCAACUCCAGCCUGGAAUCUGUCAUCUCUUCAAACGUCAACAGCUUCCUCCACUCCAACAGCACUCUCCGACCCAACCUGAACUCAAGUGACCCUGACCUAGAAGUAAUUAAACCUAGUCGGCCAAACUCACUCCCUCAGAAUCCAAGCCCAACAUCACCCCUUUCACCGUCCUGGCCCAUGUUCUCUGCGCCAUCAAGUCCUAUGCCCACCUCCUCUACGUCCAGCGACUCAUCCCCCAUCAGCUCACCAUUCCGGAAAGCCAGAGCCUUGUAUGCUUGCAAAGCAGAACAUGACUCAGAGCUCUCCUUCACAGCAGGCAUCAUAUUCGAUAAUGUUCAUCCAUCUCAGGAGCCUGGCUGGUUGGAAGGAACCCUGAAUGGGAAGACAGGACUAAUCCCGGAAAACUACGUGGAGUUCCUAUAACUUUGGGCACAGAAGCAACACUGCUGAGCUUUACAUGGUAUCCAUGACAACUGCUGAUUAGAGUGUUGUAGAUCAUUUGCUCUUUGCCACUGUGAAAUGCAGGGUGAAGGACUUUCCGAUUCCUAUUGAAAUUAAUGUUUAUACGAAUGAUAAUGUAUAUGUCUCCUUCGGUGAUCUAUUGUGGUGUGUGCAAAUAUACUGCAGAAGGGGCGGUCAGAGGCUCCAUGGAGGUCAUUCAGCUCUUCCAACUUCUAGUAAAGGCGUGUGAUUCCUACAGCCACUGCUCCCACAUUCUCAACUUUGUUCCUUUUGUUGAGCCAUUGUAUCAAUGAAAGGAGAAAUGGCGAAAUACAGGAGCUUAAAAAGGUACAAUAAUACCCAUUUCAGGGCCCUAUUCUGCAAACCCUUGAUUUGAACUAGUAGACCCACUGACAUCAACCUUGACUUCAGUGGAACUGCUUAUGUGAGUACUACUAGCACAAAUCCAGGGUAUGUAGAUUGGACCUUAAGCCACCAUUUCACAUUGUGGGAAGGAGAUUAUAUGAGAGAGAGGAGGCUGUUGCCAUUUCUUGCUCACAAAUUCUCCCCUCCUUGUUGAAUCAGCCAAAAUUAAUCUCUUAUUAGCUAACAGCAAAGCAAUCUCUCUCUCAUAUAGCUGUGAGGAGGGGAGAGGUUAAGGUACUGUUUACAUACGUCAAACCACUAACCAUUUCUGCAGCAGCAGUUUACACAGCCCUGAGCCAUUCUUGACGGGAUUCAGUCCAGUCUCGACAAACGCAACACACCAUACCCUGGAGCUGAUGAUAGCCCUACUUACUUAGUAUUCUAUUUUUUUAAAAUGCCAUUGUUUUCUGAUGGUGAAAGCAAAAACAAAAGAAGUUGAAUGAUCUCUGUGGGUUGAGCGCAAGAUCAGCUGUGAAUUUUCAGCGCUCUGAUGAGCAUCAGCACAAUGGAGGAGAGAAUAUUUUGGACCAAACCUUUCAUAACUUUUUUUUUUUUAGAUUUAGAUUUAUGCUGCGUAAACAUCUGUGAUCUGUGCAGCUGGCAUUUCCUUCCUGGAAGGCAAGUUGCAGCUCAUGAUAAAUACCACUUGUUUUGUG